AUGACUAUAGAAAAGAAGGUGCCUGUCUGGUUAGAUUGCGACCCUGGCCAAGAUGAUACAGUUGCAAUUAUUGUUGCAUGCUAUUGUAAGUAUUUUGAUUUGGUAGGGAUUUCCACUGUUCAUGGAAAUGUGUCUCUGGAAAAUACUACAAGGAAUGCAUUAAGGGUAUUGACAGCUAUUAGCAAAACUGAAGUACCGGUAUAUCCUGGUGAACCGAAACCAUUGAAUAAUUACAAUGAAGUAUUUGCGGCAAACGUCCAUGGUAAGACUGGAUUAGACGGUUCAUGUUUACUACCUAUCGCUCAAAUGCAACCUCAAAAACACAAAGAUUUUCACAGGCAUUUGGCUCACAAUAUAAUAAAAUAUGAAGGUAAACUGAAUAUUGUUGCUACAGGUCCAUUAACCAAUAUAGCUGUAUUUUUUGAGGAAUACCCUCAUCUGAAGAAUAGGAUUAACUGGAUUUCCAUCAUGGGCGGAGGUUUUGACGUAUAUAACAUAGGAGGUAACGCUGAAUUCAAUUACUACUGUGAUCCAUUUGCAGCUAGAAAAGUGGUGGAGGAUGAAAUUUUGUCAAAGAGAAUGAUCCAGGCGUCUUUGGACAUUACUAGCAAAGUCUACUUGUCCAAAACUGUUCAAGAACGCAUAUUGCAAGGUAAAGAUUUCAAUUCUACUUCUAAUUUCAGAGCAAUGAUGUAUGAAUUUAUCGAUUCUUACAAUAGGAGAAUGAUAGCGCAGAAUGUCCCCAAUUACAAAGGUCCGAUAAUUCAUGAUCCUGUUGCAUUGGUGGCUUUAUUACAAUUUGAAAACAUAACUUCUAAAUUGAACCUUUCUUUUGAUAGGAGAUCAUUUGGUAUUGGUGUUGCGGAAGGUUCUUAUGGAGCUAUUCAAUCAGUUAGACCCGACAAUAAAGGUGGUAUCUAUGUGCUUACAGACAUCGAUGUUGAGGAGUUUUGGGAUUUCGUUUUGAAGUCAUAUGAUGAAGCAGACAAACAUGCAUACAUGAACAGUGUGCCUAGAGAAAAACUAAUCCAAGAGUAUGCUGGCUUAUCAGUUGCAUAG